AUGGAAACCCAAAAGAAUUGCCCAAAGAGGGGAAAAAUAACGAUGUCUAAAUUUUACAUGAAAAUUUUUAUUUUUGCCAUAUUAAUUUGGACGCUACGUGGUCCCAGUAAAGGGAAUGUCGGUGAAGAUUAUUCUUAUCAAAGUGAACCAAGAAAAACGUUAGAUUUAAGGGAUGGAAGAAUAUUAACUGGAGAUGCAAGCAGUGGAAUACGUUCCAGAUGCGAUAGUGAAAGCGCAAAAAUGUCAAAUACUGUGAAAAGCCAAAACCACAAAAGCGGAAAAACUAAAUUUGAUCGAGGGGCAUCUUCUGGAAGUACUUAUCAACCCAUGGAUGAAAAAGCCGCAGAAUAUAAGAAGCAUCUUAAAGGAACAAGAAAAAAUGUUAAUGGCGCUAAAAGUAAAUCUAACAAAACAAGAAAACAUGAUGUUUCUGUUACUCCUUUACUUUUUGCAAAAUUGUUAUUGAAGGACCCAGAAAAGGGAAUUGAUAUAUUAAUGCUUUAUACAGGUGGAUUUUAUAAUUAUGCACGUAAUCGUUUUUUUUAA